AUGCAUCUCUCAACAUGGGACGGAUCAGCCGCGAUUACAGCAGACCGCAAACAUCUGAAAUUUCUCCUCCACUGCUUCUCCGCGACGGGUCAUGUUUUGCCUAUGCAAGCAGUGGCUAGAGAACUGGUCGAGCGUGGGCACGAAGUCGUUUGGACGACCAUAGCACCUCAGGAAGCCCGAGUUGUCGCUUCCGGCGCGAAGUUCUUCCCUGCGGAGGAGGUGAUCAAAGUCGAUGCCAACAUGGACGGCGCGGACCCAAAAGACAUGGCCGAGACAGCUGAAAUCAUGUUUGGCGGCCGGGUCACGGCCCAAGUUGCUGACAUCCGGCGUGUGCUCAAAGUAUUCAAACCCGACUUCGUCCUCAACGAUGCGCUGCCCCAGGGUGUUGCUGCACUUUUCGAGCUGGACGAGAUUCCUCACUAUGCCACCCUCGGGGUUGUGCCUUUGUAUCUUCCAGACAUCGGACCGGAGCCCAUCGAGCAUGCUGCGCAAUCUCCACUGGGGUUGCUUUUAAGUCAACCACAGCUGUCACUGCCCACGAUCAACUCGGAAAGACAGAAGCUUGGGCUACCUGCACUCAAAGUAACGGACGCGUUUUCAUACAGUCCAUUUUUGCACAUACAGGCGUCCUGUCCUUCUUUAGAAUUUCAGGAGGGCCCCGAGCCUGUACUUCCGCAGGCACAGUAUGUCGGACCAUUGGUCACGCGUGUUGCGGGUGCCAACCUCGGUGUGCCGACAUGGUGGGACGAUGUUGUUAACGCAACCUCUGUCAUUGGGAUCACGCAAGGCACCUUUGCCAUGAAUCCCACAUCGCUCAUCAUCCCCGCCAUCCAGGCGCUUCAGGGGGACAAGAGACAUCUGUUGGUUGUGCCCUCGAAACUUGCAGACGAAAUCCGAGAAAAGAUUAGUGUCGAAGACAACGUCCGCAUUGCAGAAUGGGUCCCGUACGACAUGCUACUUCCGCGGUGUCGCCUCCUCGUUACAAAUGGAGGCUACGGAAGUGUCACCCAAGCACUUUCGCAUGGCGUCCCGCUCGUCUGCGCUGGUACUUCCGAAGACAAGAAAGAUACUGCCGCGAGGGUAACUUGGGUUGGCGCGGGCAUUGAUCUCAAGACCGACACACCUUCGGUAAAUCAGGUUCGCGAUGCUGUCCAUAGAGUGCUCGAGGAAAACACCUUCGCAAAAAAUGCUGCCAAGGUCGGAAAAGAACUUAACUCCCAGGGUGGUGCGAAGAAAGCGUGCGACUUGUUGGAAAAAGCCGCGUUAGAGCUUGGUGCAGCAACUGCUAGUGCAUGA